AUUGCGCGAUGUUUUUUUUUUUCUAUUUGUUUACUGUUUUUUGAUGCUUGGUAUUGGAGGCGCUGGAAAUUUUGGUUUUCGAAUGGAUUUGGAUUGUAAUUUGCGGUUGAAGAAACUUUUGGAUGCGACUAGUUUCCUGGUUUUAUUUGUUUGUGCGCCCUUUUGAGUAGCAAUUUGAUUCAAUUUUCUGUAGUAAUUCUGUCCCGGAAAUACUUUUGGUUAGUGUUGCGAUGUGCUCUGAUUGUUAUGCAAACGACUAGUUGGAUUCCUAUACUUACAUUACAACAUGAUAAAGAAGCACAUUUGAUUUGAGUCUAAAUUCUGGUUGAUACCCAGUUAUGAGAGGUAGAGCGGAGGAAUGUGAGAGCCCAAUUUGAUUUCCUUGUCUAAUUGUCUCAAAAGGCGGUGGCUCUCUGCGAAAUUUUGGUGACUUUGAUUAAGGAGAUUGCUGUACUGUGUCCCCUGACUCUAUCCAGAUCACGUUGCAUUUCAGUAUAUACUCAGCUUGACCUGAUCCCAUUGAAAUAUAGAGUCCAUAGUAAUAUGCUAGCAAAUGAUUCCGGUUUAUCUGAGUCGGUUCUUACAAUAUAGAGAUCCUCGUGCACAACGGCGCCAUCCAUUGGUAGAUCCGGUUGUUGUUUCUGAAAUCAGAAGAUGUCUAGAGGAAGGUGUUGAAUUCCAAGGUGAGCUCCUCAAUUUCAGAAAGGAUGGCAUGCCUAUGGUGAACAGGUUACGGCUUGCACCCAUACACGAUGAUGAUGGUACUGUUACGCACAUUAUAGGAAUUCAAGUGUUUUCCGAGACGAAGAUAGACCUUAGCCGGUUGUCAUAUCCUGUUUUCAAAGAAACUUGCCCAAAAAAACUGGAUCUGUCUGGAAAAAGUGCUCAUUUGAUUGAUCAAUCACCAUUUUGUCAGCAUAAAGAAAUCUGUGGGAUACUUCAGCUUUCAGAUGAGGUCUUGGCCCAUAACAUUUUAUCACGUUUGACACCAAGAGAUGUCGCAUCUGUUGGGUCAGUCUGCCGAAGGAUUCGUCAAUUGACGAAGAACGAGCAUCUAAGGAAGAUGGUAUGUCAGAAUGCAUGGGGAAGAGAAGUGACUGGAACAUUGGAACAAAUGACAAAGAAGCUUGGUUGGGGGCGAUUAGCCAGGGAACUUACAACUCUUGAAGCUGUAUGUUGGAGAAAACUGACAGUUGGGGGAGCUGUGGAGCCUUUACGUUGUAACUUUAGUGCUUGCGCAGCAGGUAAUCGACUCGUAUUAUUCGGUGGGGAAGGAGUCAAUAUGCAGCCCAUGGAUGACACCUUCGUUCUCAACCUUGAUGCUGCAAAUCCUGAGUGGCGCAGAGUAAGCGUGAAAUCCUCCCCACCUGGACGAUGGGGCCACACUCUAUCAUGUCUAAAUGGUUCUUGGUUGGUAGUUUUUGGUGGAUGUGGCAGUCAAGGAUUGCUCAACGACGUGUUUGUUCUCGAUUUAGAUGCUCAACAACCAACAUGGAAAGAAAUCUCUGGUGGAGCUCCUCCAUUGCCUAGAUCCUGGCAUAGUUCCUGUAUGAUCGAAGGUUCUAAACUGGUUGUUUCCGGAGGAUGCACGGACGCCGGGGUGCUUCUCAGUGACACAUACUUGUUAGAUCUAACAACAGACAAGCCAACCUGGAGAGAGAUUCCCACAUCCGGGACUCCCCCCUCUAGAUUGGGACAUUCCCUUUCAGUUUAUGGUGGGACAAAGAUUCUAAUGUUUGGUGGACUUGCCAAGAGCGGACACUUGCGCUUACGGUCGGGCGAGGCGUACACCAUAGAUCUAGAAGAGGAGGAACCCCAGUGGAGGCAACUCGAGUGCAGUGCAUUCACUGCUAUAGGUGGUCAGAGCGCUGUGGUUCCUCCUCCAAGACUCGAUCACGUAGCAGUCAGCAUGCCCUGUGGAAGGAUUAUCAUCUUCGGAGGCUCCAUCGCCGGGUUACAUUCGCCUUCCCAACUAUUCCUUUUGGAUCCUGCCGAGGAGAAACCGUCAUGGAGGAUUCUCAAUGUUCCUGGACAGCCACCCAAAUUUGCUUGGGGCCACAGCACUUGUGUGGUUGGAGGGACAAGAGUCCUAGUGUUGGGAGGCCACACCGGAGAAGAAUGGAUACUCAAUGAAUUACACGAACUCUGCUUAGCUAGCAGGCAAGAUUCAGAUCUUUGACACCAUUUUUAUCUGCAUCAAACAAACACUCUGAAGGAAAAAGUUGCUUCAAACGAACCAGUUGAGAAUUGAGAUUCUUCAUAUUACAGCUACUGUAAGAACAAAAACUUGCCCUGUUUUUCUUCUUUAUUAGUUUGUGUUUAGAUUUUGGUCUUCUGUAUAUAUUAUAUAUACAUAAUAUAGGUUGUGUUUCACUAACCUUUCUUUGUGGUUCUGUAUUUUUACAUCUAAAUGGCCAUGUGUCUACUUUUGUAUUUAGAAGCACUUUUUUGUGAAGCACUUUUUUGUGUACAUGUUUUGUGCGGGAAGCAUAUACAUAGGGAGUUUUUGAAGUUUCUGACAAACAAGACCACCAUUUUUGUAUUACUUUAAAUGAUAAUUUUCAUCUACAA